CUCCUCUAAGGGAGGUAAUCGCGAAAUGUAUUUACAAUGGCGUUUCUGGUCGAAAAUGGUAGAAUAAGUUUGAAAAGUUUUCUGGGUGGGGCCUGCAUCGUUUUUGUGCCAUGGAUAUCGUACCUAGGAACUAGUUUUGACUACCUAUAUGCAUACUUUUGGUUCUUUCUUUUUUUACUGUAUGCAAUUUUAUACAAUGGUGUGUUGGUGCUGCUCAGCUACAUCACAACAGGUGGUGUCCACGGUAACUUCUACAAGGUGGCAGUACGAGGUGGCUUCUUGGGGCUUGUGUUUGGACUUGGGUGUCUUAUCAGCCUUUCUAACACCACGCUGACUCAUUUUGGGUGGUACCUGAUGGCACUCAGCUUCUUCCAUUUCUCUGAAUAUUUGACAACAGCAGCUACAAAUCCUUCCUCACUCACCCUUGACUCGUAUCUGCUUGACCACAGUCGCGAGUAUAAGUUGGCAGCAGUAGCUAGUUGGCUUGAGUUCCUUGUAGAAUGGUAUAUAGCACCAGGUUUAAAGCAGUAUUAUUAUAUAGCUGUCAUUGGUGUAGUACUAGUCCUGUUUGGAGAAUCUCUGAGAAAAGCCAGUAUGAUUACUGCCUCAACAAAUUUUAACCAUUAUGUACAGUAUGUCAAGAGACCAGGUCAUCAGCUGGUCACCAGGGGAGUGUACUCCUGGUGUCGACAUCCGUCCUACGUUGGCUGGUUUUAUUGGAGCAUAGGAACACAGCUAAUAUUAGGAAAUCCAUUCUGCUUGAUAGCCUAUACAAUAGUGUCAUGGAGAUUUUUCCGAGAGAGAAUUUAUGAAGAGGAAAUUUAUCUUUUGAACUUUUUUGGUGAAGAUUAUUUAGACUACCAGAAAUCUGUAGGGACUGGUUUACCCUUCAUUAAUGGUUACACAGGCUACUCAGCUUUGUGAAAUCUAGUCCAAUUUUAAUUCAAUUUUUUUCCCAUGUUUAAUGCAUUUUAACCUGUUUAACAAGCAUACAAAAUAUUUUGAGAUUUUUGGUAAUAACAAUUUGUUAAGCUAUUUUCAUUCCUUUUUCUAUAUGUUUUUAUAUGAUUGCAUUAUUACAAAGAAUAUAUAAAUAUACUCAAGUCCAGGAACAACAGUUAUAAACUGUUAGAUGCCGUAUUGUUCUGUCUGCUGGUAGAUAUUCCAAAUGUCUUUCUGGUUACUGGCAUUUAUAUUGUAAGAGCACUCAGUCAUAAAUGAUUGAAAUAUUUUUAUGAAGAACAAAUGAUGCAACUUGUGUUUAUUAAAGGUUUAUUUUAA